UGGGCUGGACUGGGCUGGGCUGGAUUGGACUGGGCUGUGUUGGACCGUGCUGGGCUGGACUGGACUGUGGUGGGCUGGACUGGGCUGCGCGGGGUUGGACUGGGCCGAACUGAGCGGUGCAGGGCUGGACUGGGCUGGACUGGGCCAUGCUGGGUUGGACUGGGCUGUGCUGGGUUGGACUGGACUGUGUUGGGCUGGACUGGGCUGGACUGGGCCAUGCUGGGUUGAACUGGGCUGUGCUGGGUUGGACUGGGCCGCGUUGGGCUGGACGGGGUUACGUUGGGUUGUACUGGGUUGCGUUGGGUUGUGUUGGGUUGUACUGGGCCAUACUGGGCUAUACUGGGCUGUGUUGGGCUGUAUUGGGCCAUGCUGGGCUCUGCUGGGCCAUGUUGGGCUGUACUGGGCUGUGUUGGACCGUGCUGGGCUGGACUGGACUGUGCUGGGCUGAUUUGGGCUCUGCUGGGCUUUGUUGGGCCAUGCUGGGCUGGACUGGGCCGUGCUGGGCUGGACUGGGCCCUGUUGGGCUGGACUGGGCUGGACUGGGCCAUGCUGGGCUGGACUGGGCCCUGUUGGGCUGGACUGGGCUGGACUGGACUGGGCUGGGCUGGACUGGGCCGUGCUGGAUUGGAGUGGGCUGGUCUGGGCUGGACUGGGCUAUGCUGGGCUGGACUGGGCUGGACAGGGUUGUGCUGGGCUGGACUGGGCUGGACUGGGCCCUAUUGGGCUGGACUGGGCCGUGCUGGGCUGGACUGGGCCGUGCUGGGCCACGUUGGAGUGACAGAGCCGUGCCACGUCGCGUUGGCGUGUCCGGCCGCGUCAGAGCGCGCGGGGCCGUGUCCCAGCGCGUCCCAGCACAUCCCAGUGUGUCCCAGUGCAUCCCAGCAUGUCCCGGUGUGUCCCAGUGCAUCCCAGCACAUCCGGCCAUGUCCCAGCGUGUCCCAGCGCGUCCGGCCGUGUCCGAGCGUGUCCCAGUGUGUCCCAGCACGUCCGAGCGUGUCCCAGUGCGUCCCAGUGUGUCCCAGUGCGUCCGGCUGUGUCCGGCCGUGUCCCAGCGCGUCCCAGCGUGUCCCUGUUGGUGCGGGGCCGUGUCCCAGCACGUCCAGCUGUGUCCCAGUGUGUCCCAGUGCGUCCCAGUGCGUCCCAGUGCGUCCCAGUGCGUCCGGCUGUGUCCGGCCGUGUCCCAGCGCGUCCCAGCAUGUCCCUGUUGGUGCGGGGCCGUGUCCCAGCAUGUCCCAGUGUGUCCCAGUGUGUCCCAGUGCGUCCCAGUGCGUCCCAGUGCGUCCGGCUGUGUCCGGCCGUGUCCCAGCGCGUCCCAGCGUGUCCCUGUUGGUGCGGGGCCGUGUCCCAGCAUGUCCCAGUGCGUCCCAGUGUGUCCCAGUGCAUCCGGCUGUGUCCGGCCGUGUCCCAGUGCGUCCCAGCGUGUCCCUGUUGGUGCGGGGCCGUGUCCCAGCACGUCCAGCUGUGUCCCAGCGCGUCCCAGUGUGUUCCAGUGUGUCCCAGUGCGUCCAGCCGUGUCCCAGCGCAUCCCAGCAUGUCCCUGUUGGUGCGGGGCCGUGUCCCAGCAUGUCCCAGUGUGUCCCAGCGCGUCCCAGCAUGUCCGGCUGCGUCAGAGCGUGCAGGGCCGUGUUGGUGCAGGGCCGUGUCCCAGCGUGUCCAGCUGUGUCCCAGUGCGUCCCAGCGCGUCCGAGUGUGUCCCAGAAUGUCCGGCCACGUGCCAGCACAUCCGGCCGUGUCCGAGCGUGUCCGAGCGUGUCCGGCCGUGUCCCAGUGUGUCCCAGCGCAUCUGGCCAUGUCCCAGCCCAUCUGGCCACAUGCCAGGGUGUCCCAGCGCGUCCCAGUGCGUCCCAGUGCGUCCCGGUGCGUCCCAGCAUGUCUGGCCGUGUCCCAGCACGUCUGGCCACGUACCAGCGCGUCCCAGUGUGUCCCAGCCCGUCCGGCCGUGUCCGAGCGCAUCCCAGUGUGUCCCAGCACGUCCGGGCAUGUCCGAGCAUGUCCGGCCACGUCCCAGCACGUCCCAGUGUGUCCCAGCACAUUCCAGUGUGUCCCAGUGUGUCCCAGCGUGUCCCAGCGUAUCCAGCCAUGCCCCAGCGCGUCCGGCCGUGUCCGAGCGCAUCAGGCUGCGUCCCAGCAUGUCCCAGUGCACCCCAGCAUGUCCCAGCAUGUCCCAGUGUGUCCCAGCGCAUCCGGCCAUGUCCGAGCGCGUCCGGCCACGUCCCAGUGUGUCCCAGUGCGUCCCAGUGCGUCCCAGUGCGUCCCAGUGCGUCCGGCCGCAUCUCAGCGCAUCCCAGCAUGUCUGGUCAUGUCCCAGCGCGUCCCAGCACGUCUGACCAUGUCCCAGCGCGUCCGGCCACGUGCCAGCGUGUCCGGCUGUGUCCCAGUGCGUCCCAGCACAUCCCAGUGUGUCCCAGUGCAUCCCAGCGUGUCCCAGUGCAUCCGGCCAUGUCCGAGCGCGUCCGGCCACAUCCCAGCAUGUCCCAGCGUGUCCCAGUGUGUCCCAGCAUGUCCCAGCGCAUCCCAGCACAUCCCAGUGUGUCCCAGUGCAUCCCAGCGUGUCCUAGUGCAUCCGGCCAUGUCCGAGCGCGUCCGGCCACAUCCCAGCAUGUCCCAGCGUGUCCCAGUGUGUCCCAGCAUGUCCCAGCGCAUCCCAGCACAUCCCAGUGUGUCCCAGUGCAUCCCAGCGUGUCCCAGUGCAUCCGGCCAUGUCCGAGCGCGUCCGGCCACAUCCCAGCAUGUCCCAGCGUGUCCCAGUGUGUCCCAGCAUGUCCCAGCGCAUCCCAGCACAUCCCAGUGUGUCCCAGUGCAUCCCAGCGUGUCCCAGCGCAUCCGGCUAUGUCCGAGCGCAUCCGGCCACGUCCCAGCACAUCCCAGUGUGUCCCAGCGCGUCCCAGCACAUCCCAGUGUGUCCCAGUGCAUCCCAGCGCGUCCGGCCACGUGCCAGCGUGUCCCAGCGUGUCCCAGUGCAUCCCAGUGCGUCCCAGUGCAUCCCAGUGUGUCCCAGUGCAUCCCAGCGCGUCCGGCCACGUGCCAGCGUGUCCCAGCGUGUCCCAGUGCAUCCCAGUGCGUCCCAGUGCAUCCCAGUGUGUCCCAGUGCAUCCCAGCGCGUCCGGCCACGUGCCAGCGUGUCCCAGCGUGUCCCAGUGCAUCCCAGCGUGUCCCAGCGCUUCCAGUUGCGUCCCAGCACGUGCCAACGCGUCCGGCCAUGUCCGAGAGCGUCCGGCUGCAUGUCCCAGCACGUCCCAGUGCAUCCCAGCGCAUCCCAGUGCAUCCCAGCGCGUCCCAGUGUGUCCCAGCGCGUCCCAGUACCUCCCAGUGUGUCCCAGUGCGUCCCAGCGUGUCCCAGUGUGUCCCACUGUGUCCCAGCGCGUCCCAGUACCUCCCAGCGUGUCCCAGUGCCCUCCCAGUGUGUCCCAGUGCGUCUCAGUGCGUCCCAGUGCAUCCCAGCGCAUCCCAGCAUGUCCCAGUGCAUCCCAGCGUGUCCCAGUGUGUCCCAGCGCAUCCCAGUGCAUCCUAGUGUGUCCCAGUGCGUCCCAGUGUGUCCCAGCGCAUCCCAGUGUGUCCCAGCGCAUCCCAGUACAUCCCAGCGCGUCCCAGUGCAUCCCAGCACGUCCCAGUGCAUCCCAGCGCGUCCCAGUGUGUCCCAGCGCGUCCCAGUGCGUCCCAGCGCGUCCCAGCGUGUCCCAGCGUGUCCCAGUGCAUCCCAGCGUGUCCCAGUGUGUCCCAGCGCGUCCCAGCGCGUCCCAGCGCGUCCCAGCGCGUCCCAGCGUGUCCCAGCGUGUCCCAGUGCAUCCCAGUGCGUCCCAGCGUGUCCCAGCGCAUCCCAGCGUGUCCCAGCGUGUCCCAGCGCGUCCCAGCGCGUCCCAGCGCAUCCCAGCGUGUCCCAGUGUGUCCCAGCGCGUUCCAGUACCUCCCAGCGCGUCCCAGCGCGUCCCAGUGUGUCCCAGUGCAUCCCAGCGUGUCCCAGCAUGUCCCAGUACGUCCCAGCGUGUCCCAGCACGUCCGGGCGCGUGCCAGCGCGUCACGCGGUGUGGC